AUGCCGCUGAGAGGAGGAAGGAGAGAAGAAACGCCAGGGAAGCAGACGCGCAAGGCUUCUAAACGACGAGCACCAGCAGACGCAGACCAGGAGGCUCCAGACCAAGGAGAGAAAGAUUGCUCGCGAGAUGCGUCCGCUGAGCAACCGCAUGAAAUCCAUUCGAAGACCAAGAAGAAAAGAGGAAAAGAAGAUCAUGCCAGCACUUCCAACUCGACCUCAACUAUCGUUGACGGAGAUGAAAUCUUGAAGAGACUGCAAUCUCUCGAGAAAAAGAAGAAAGAAGCAAUCUCUCUCGAAGAUUUCGACAGUGCGUCAAAGCUCAAGGCAGAGAUCAAGGACUUGGAGGCGAAGCUCAAGUCGAUAGGAAAGGCAGACAUAUUGUCUGCUGAGCCUCGUGACAUGAGCAAUUCCUCAAUCAGAAACUUCAGGAUAUCAGAGAAGACAAUCAAAGCCUUGUCGGAACAAGGAAUCCAGACAUUGUUUCCCAUCCAAGUUGCGACUUUUGAUAUCAUCUAUGAGGGGUAUGACUUGAUCGCCCGAGCUCGCACAGGCACCGGGAAGACUCUUGCUUUUGUCUUGCCCGUGCACGAGAAGUUGAUGAGGAGCAGGGGUCAAAUCAACUCGCGUGGAAGAGCACCAGAGGCGCUGGUGAUGGUUCCCACUCGUGAGCUGUGUCUACAAGUCACGCGUGUGUGGAAGAGUCUUGGUGGAAGUCUCGAGAUUCAAAGCGUGUAUGGAGGGGCUCCGAUCCGACAACAACAGAUCGCACUGAGUGACGGCAUUGACGUUGUGAUUGGUACUCCCGGAAGGAUCUUGGACUUGAAGUCGAGAGGAUCUCUGAGACUGGAUCGAAUCAAGUUUCUGGUGCUCGAUGAGGCGGAUCAGAUGCUGGAGAUUGGGUUCAAAGAUGACAUGGAAGAGAUUAUCCGAUCGGUCUGCGGAGACGCUCAAGCGUCCAAUCUCGAUCAUCAGACUCUGUUGUUCUCUGCGACUGUCCCCAGCUGGGUUCAGGAGAUCGCUCGGAACUACCUGAGAGCCGACCGAAGGAAGGACGUCGAUCUUGUCAAGCAUGAGACACUCAAGACAGCGCCUAAGAUCAAACACCUUUGCAUCGCUUGCGGUGUUUCUGCUCGUCGGUCCACGAUCGUGGCCACCAACGUCGCUGCGCGAGGGCUGGAUAUUCCUGAGGUUGACCUCGUUGUCAUGUGCCAUCCACCCGAGAGCUCCGAGCUCUACGUCCACCGGUCCGGACGAACUGGGCGAGCAGGGAAGAACGGAACGUGCGUCAUGUUCUACUCUCCUAGAGAAGCUCCAGACCUUUCGAGGAUCGAGCACAAGACAGCCUCUUGUUCCCAACCUCAUGCUGCUGCCAAGGCCGCGUGUGAGGACGCGUUCAUCGCCAUGGAAAAGGUUCAGCCUGAAAGCAUCCAGCUGUUCUCUACCUUGCCUCCAUCGGCUCGAAGCAUGUUAACUUCCUUGGAGGGUUUCAAGACUUUCUUGUUGAAAUCUUCAGGCAUCUCCAUGGUUCCAGACGUCUUUCGGUGCAUUCGAAGGGUCAUGGGAGGAGAGCCGAAGGCAGCAGACUCAGUUCGGAGCAUCAGGUUUCUCAAGGACAAGUCAGGAGCAGCUUUCGACGUUCCUGCUGAAUUUGCGGCUCUCUUUGACGAUGUGGCCAAGUCGUUCGAAGGAAAACUAGUGGCCCCACGCAUCGAGUCUGUUCAAGUCCUUCCCGACCUUCUGCCCGAGAGCGCCAUGGCUUCGAGGUUCUAG